CUAGUGACUCUGUAUUUAACGGUGUAACCACGCUAGUUUGAUUGCUUUCACCCACUUUGCUCAAGGACUUUAGUAAUUCAGCUCUGUUUUGUGUAUUUUGGCUCUUCGGGGAAACGUUAACCGUUAGUUGUAACUCCAACACGGCUGUAAUAUGUAGCAUGGGGAACAUAAAGGGCAAAGCAGCUGUCAAAACGUGUCAGACGGUGCUAAUGUGUGACCCACUCAUUACUCGCAUGACCACGGAUCAGUCCUAGUGGAAGACAGACCAUCAUCAUCAUCAGUGUGAUGGAGUUAGCAGGCGGACUUAGCGUGGAGGGGAGCUCCAGUCCCCCCGCUGUGCCCUCCACCCCCCCCGCUGUGCCCUCCACCAUGUCCAUAGACAGGCUGCUGCCUGCUCUCCUGGAGUGCUUUGGGAUCAUCCUGUGCGGGUACAUCGCAGGCAGGGCUAAUAUCAUCACCUCUACUCAGGCCAAAGGUUUGGGAAACUUUGUGUCAAAGUUCGCGCUCCCCGCGCUGCUGUUUAAGAACAUGGUGCUGUUGGACUUCGGUCACGUCAUCUGGCCCUUCCUGUGGGGCAUCCUAGUGGCCAAAGUGUCUGUGUUUUGCAUCGUCGGUGUCCUCACCCUGAUAGUGUCCAGUCCUGAUAGUCGCUACAGCAAAGCUGGGCUCUUCUCAAUAUUUGCAACCCAAAGCAAUGACUUUGCUUUGGGCUAUCCCAUAGUUGAAGCCCUCUAUCAAAGUACAUACCCAGAGUACCUGCAGUAUAUCUACCUGGUUGCACCAGUGUCCCUUAUGAUCCUAAAUCCCAUCGGCUUUGCCCUAUGUGAGAUCCAAAAGAUGAAGAACCAAGGAAACCGCCAGCAGAGAAAGCUGGUGAUCGUGGGACAUGUAAUCUUUCAGGUCUUAAAGAAUCCCAUUGUAUUCAUGGUCAUCGUAGGAAUCAUCGCCCACUUUGUCCUGCACCAGAGAAUCCCUGCUUUCAUGGCUGAGUUCAUAGACGGCUUGGCCAACUCUUUUGGUGGAGCAGCUUUGUUCUAUUUGGGUCUGACCAUGGUGGGCCAAUUAAGGAAGCUGACCAGAUCCACUGUUGUGAUGCUGAUUUUGCUCAUUACAGCAAAACUGUUGGUAAUGCCACUCAUCUGUAAAACUAUGGUGGAUCUUCUGGAUAACACCAGCAACACCACAAACCACUCCAGCCUCUCAGAUUAUGCCUUUCUUUACGGCGUCUUCCCCACCGCACCAAGCGUGGCCAUCUAUGCUGUCUACUAUAACACAGAACUAGAAGUUGUGACUGCUGGGAUGGUGAUCAGCACUUUUCUCUCAGCUCCCAUAAUGUACGUCUCAGCCUGGCUGCUUACCAUUCACUUAAUGGAUCCCCAGUCUUUGAUGAAUUCCCUUGAGACGGUCAGCUUUAACAUGAGCAUAGUGAGCUUAGUGGCUCUGUUGUGGACAGUUGCUGUCAUGUUUUUAAGUAAAAAGUUUAGACGGCUACCUCACAUGUUUACAGUCAACCUGUUCCUGGCACAGCUGUUAAGCUGCAUUGGGAUGAUUCUGUGGAACUUUGUGGUGAAGGAAGACAACUUCAUCGCACAGGUCUUCACUUUCACACUGCUGUCUACGUCACUCUACAGUAGUUUCCUGUGGCCAGGCUUAAUAGCACUCUCGAUUGUUCUCUUGAAAAAGUAUGAGGAUCUGAAAGGAGCAUCUGGUGGCCUGGUCAUUGCGGGCUGGGGGAUCCCUUGUUUGGUGACAUCUAUGCUGCUGCUCUUUGGUGAAAAAAGGCCUGACGCUAUUGAUUUCUCCUUCUUCUAUGGGAAACUACAGAUAAUCUGCACCACAGUAGUGAUCAGCUUCAGCAUGCUUCUGGGAGGAGCCUCUUUGGUGUGUCUCAGCAGAGGAAGCUGGGCCCAAGAUGAACAAAACCAGGCAGAAAACUCUUCAUCUGAAGCUACACAGGAUCAGGUGACCGAGGCAGAACCAGAUGCUCGGACUCUCAUAGAGGCAGGAAAUGGAGCCGGAGGAGGAGAGUGUGUCAGAUGUGCCUGUGCUGUAGCCACGCCCAUGCCUGACAUGAUCAUCAGCACCAAUAUGAACAACACCCCAGCAUCACUCUCAGGUCAGUGUGAAAAUGGUUGUGCAUCAACAGACUGCCUCCUUGCUCGCAUGGAUGAGCUCCAAGAGGUUGCAGAUAGGCAAGUGGUCCGACAUGUGCUCCUGUGUCUCCUCCUGACAGUUUUCCUUCUGGCUAACUUUUCCAGCUGUCUGUGGUUGCUUUACAACAACCUGCAUGGGAGACUCUACUUGGAGCUUCAGUUCUUCUGUGCCAUAGCCAACUAUGGACAGGGAUUUAUCUCCUUUGCUCUUUUUGGGCUGGACAAGCAUUUUAUUUUACCACCAUUGAAGAGGUUAUACAGUCGCUUAUAUGGGAAGAAGAAGCGGGAAGAGCCGGAGCAAGACUUACCAGAUGAAAUCAGGAUGACCUGUCUUCAGUUCACCAAAUACCACAAACAGCAGUGUUGUCAUGAUAUUGUUAAAAAGAGAAGGUGUGGAGUGAUGACCAGGCUGGACUGUUUCCUCGGCUGUGAGAUGGUGGAUUGGCUUCAGCAGGUGGGCUUGGCGCAGGACCGUGGCGAGGCGGUUCUCUACGGGACACGGCUGCAGCAGGGCGGCGUGCUUCAGCACAUCAAGGAGGAGUACAGCUUCGAAGAUAGUCAGCUUCAUUACUACUUCACUACAUAAAACCAAAGCAUGGCAGUUGACUCCAAUUUUAUUCCCAAAGAGCGACAUUUCAGUCAGAUGGAAACGUCUGCUUAGUUUGCACACUGUACAAAGCAACUGUGAUAUUUCAAAUGUGUUUAAUGCUUUGGUGGAGAUAUAAAAAAAAAAGGGAUACAUUAAAUAAGGGGCAUUUUAUUUCUAACCAGCUCAGGUGUUUUAUCUAACAUUUCUAAAACAGAUUUUCAGCUGCGUUAUUUAACUUUGUCUCAGUUCAGACACUUAUGUUUUCUGAUCUUAGUUGCUCAGUAAGCCCUUUUAGUGGACAUGAUCAAAACCCCUUAUUUGGAGGUGAAGCUGGAUGUGCAUGCACUGUAAUUAUUGCAGUUAUCCUUGGUUGUGUGGGAAUUACUUGGUUUUAAGGGGCUUACCAGGUCUGUGAAGAAGAGCACAAAAUCCCUUGGUAUAUUUUCAUUUAAUAUUUAUGCAGUUGUUGCAUAUCUCUUACCACUGUGACUAAUGAUGCACAAAAAAGCUAAGCUUUCAUUGCAGGUAAAAAUGCUGCUAUCAGCUGAAUGUAUUCACCGUAGAAACCUGUGCAGACAUUGUUGCUCCUAUAUAAAAACCAACCAUAAAAGCCACUUGUUGGUCCUCGGGCCCUCUAAAGUGCCUCUUCUUACUUAAAGUUAAAAAAUGAAAUAGAAAUGAACCAAAAAAGGAAAGCAAUACCAAAGGGAUAUUUUUAGGUUAUGCAGACAUUUUCAUAACAUAUUUACUGAUUGUCGUAACGUCUUAUGAAUCCUUUUAUGCGAUUCUGCUGCACAUUAUCUGCUUCAUUUUAUUUUUGAUUGCCUGAAUCUAAAUAGAAAUAAUUCUAUCCUCAAAAAAUAUGUUUUUGUUCAGAAACUUUUUUUUUUAAGAAGCAAGGUCAAAAGGGGCUGAAAUAUAAAGGCUGCUGACCCCGUCCUAAAGGGGAUAAAGGGAAAAUAAGUUUAACUGUCCAACAUUUAACUACUCAUUUUAAUUUUAUUACCAAAUGAAAUGCGGGUAUUGCUGCUUAAAAAUCUGCCUUCUCUCAUGACUGUGGGAAGAGUUUACUAGUAAUAUUGCCAGUAUCUGAAAAUGUACUUUUGUAGUGUUUUGCAUGCCAUGUUAGCAGUGUUAAUAAAAGUUAAAUAUUUACUAUAUUAAACUUUUUUAUAGUUGGACAUAAACUGGACCUGGCAACAUUACAGAAUGCACUGAAAGUCUUUCAUUUUGCACAGUUUAAACCACUGGAACAUAAGAAAAUUGGUCCUUACUAAUUCAGUAUAAUCUUACAGAUGUUAAGUUUGACCAUAACAUGCUUGUAUGUGUUAAUAUAAGCAAUAUAAGUGUUAAAUAUGUCAUUAAAAGGGAUACAAAUCUUUUUUUUCGUUUUCACAUUAUGCAUUGGUUUUGCUGUAUUUCUUUUAGCACAUGUUUGCAAAGUCUUCAUAUUUGUGCUAAAUUGUGCUAAGCUCCCGGUCUGUGUUUGUGAUUAAAUGUCUGGUGAUUUAAUUUAAAGACCUGGAUUGAUUUAAGCUGAAGACCAACAAAGACGAUCAAUGUCUGAACGGACGAUCUGUGAUAAUUGUUACCUGGUAGAAAAAAGGCUUUGAAAAUGCUUGACUAACCUCCAUUAAAUAAUAAAAUGUUAAUUAAAAGGUUAUUGAUGCCAUUUUAUUUAGGAAUUUCAAAUACAAAGAUUUGUGUUAAAU